CUUGGGUGUCCGAGCGACCGCGGCCCGGAGAGGAGAGACCGGAACUGCUUGAAUAUCUACAUUUCAUUGUCUGUGCUAUCAGGAGUUUUAAUUCAUCAUGGAUAAUCUGUCACCAGAAGAAAUUCAGUUGAGGGUUCACCAGGUUACUGAUGAGUCUUUGGAAAGUACAAGGAGAAUCCUGGGUUUAGCCAUUGAGUCUCAGGAUGCAGGAAUUAAGACUGUCACUAUGCUGGAUGAACAAGGGGAACAACUAAACCGCAUAGAAGACAUGGACCAAAUAAAUAAAGACAUUAAAGAAGCAGAGAAGACUUUAACAAAACUCAACAAGUGCUGUGGUCUUUGUGUCUGCCCAUAUGAUAAUAGGACAAAGAACUUUGAGUCUGGUAAGGCCUAUAAGACAACAUGGGGAGAUGGCGGAGACAACUCUCCUAACAAAGUAGUAUCUAAGCAGCCAGGCCGAGUAACAAAUGGUCAGCCUCAGCAAGCAGCCACAGGAGCAGCCAAUGAUGGAUACAUUAAACGUAUAGCAAAUGAUGCCAGAGAAGAUGAAAUGGAAGAGAACCUGAGUCAAGUGGGCAAUAUCCUAGGAAAUCUAAAACACAUAGCCCUGGACAUGGGCAAUGAGAUUGAGGCUCAGAAUCGACAAAUAGACCGGAUCACAGAAAAGGCUGACACCAACAAGGAUCGUAUUGAAAGUGCCAAUGCCAGAGCAAAGAAACUCAUUGACAGCUAAAGCACUGCUGUGCUUCUUUACCAUUUACUCACUUAUCUAGCUCUUCCUGCAGUCAUUGCCUUUUCAGAGUUUGAAAUUUUGGUUCCACACUCUUCUAAUCAGGAGAUAAAGUGGAAGAGGGGCAA